AUGACUUCACCAAAACGCUCGAUUCUUAUCACUGGGUGCUCACUCGGGGGAGUGGGAUACGCUCUUGCUCUUGAAUUUGCAGCCCACGGUAUGCGCGUCUUCGCAACUGCGCGAUCCACUGGAUCCCUGUCUACUUUAGAGGAUAAGGGAAUUGAGACCUUUGCCCUCGACGUGACGGAUUCGGCAAGUAUCGCAACACUCAGGGACGAAAUUGUGAGGCGGACUGGCGGCAAAUUGGAUAUGCUGUUCAACAAUGCUGGCACAAUGUAUGAAGCACCGGCAAUCGAAGCCGAUCCUACUCGCACACGUGCCAUGUUUGAUGCCAAUGUCUUCGGCCUGUUUGAUAUGGUUUCAACCUUUACUCCUCUUCUUCUAGCCUCCGCUUCGAAUACGCAAACACCACCCGUCAUUAUUAAUACGUCGUCAGUACUGUCACGCCUCCCGUUCGCCUUUUCGGCAGCGUAUAAUGCAUCCAAGGCAGCUGUGGCUACCUACAGCGACACUCUCAGGAUUGAGCUUGAUCCGCUCGGUAUUAAAGUGGUUACGGUGUUCAUGGGCGAAGUCGCCACCAACCUCAUGUCUCAGAAGCCAGAAGAUUUCGCCAAACAAAUUGUCGAGGAAGUAGUGGUGAAGAGCCCUAGAUACGGACAAGGCGAGCAUUUGUGGAAAGGCAGCAAUGCUGUAUUGGUUUGGUUCUUGAAUGCUAUCGGGUGGAGAAAGGUAUUCGACAGCACCGUGAAAAAGACGGUCGGGCUUGACCAAGAGAAAAUCCGGAAGUCUAUCUUUGACAAGGGUCAAGCAUCCGUGAAAUUAGAAUGA